CAGAAGUCAGAGAGCAUAACCGAUCCUAGAUCAGUGCUCUGGAGCAUACUCGCUGAACAACGGCAGUGGUGCGAUAGCGACUGUUGAUGUUUUUGUUGUCAGUAAAAUGGCGACAAGCGGAGAGGCCCCGGAAUCUUGGUACCUAGCUCUGCUCGGCUUUGCGGAACAUUUUCGCACCUCAAGUCCUCCGAAGAUCCGUCUCUGCGUCCACUGUCUGCAGGCGGUGUUUCAGUUCAAGCCGCCGCAGAGGGUCGAGGCCCGAACUCAUCUCCAGCUGGGCUCGGUACUCUACCACCACACCAAGAACACCGAACUCGCCCGAAGCCACUUGGAGAAAGCGUGGUUCAUAUCACAACAAAUCCCUCAGUUUGAAGAUGUCAAAUUCGAGGCAGCAAGUCUUCUGUCAGAACUGUAUUGCCAACAGAAUCUGGUUGAUUCGGCAAAGCCCUUGCUGCGGAAGGCCAUCCAGAUCUCCCAGCAAACUCCCUACUGGCACUGCAGAUUGCUCUUCCAACUGGCGCAACUGCACACACUGGAGAAGGAUCUGGUGUCAGCUUGUGACCUCCUGGGGGUCGGGGCAGAGUAUACCAGGGUAGUGGGCUCUGAAUACACCAGAGCUCUCUUUCUGUUGAGUAAAGGAAUGCUGCUGCUGAUGGAGAGGAAGCUGGGGGAAGUGCAUCCUCUGUUGACUCUGUGUGGGACCAUCGUGGAGAACUGGCAGGGAAACCCCAUCCAGAAGGAGUCUCUCAGGGUGUUCUUCCUGGUGCUGCAGGUCACACACUACCUGGACGCUGGACAGGUGAAGAGUGUGAAGCCGUGUCUGAAGCAGCUGCAGCAGUGCAUCCAGACCAUCUCUACACUCCACGAUGAUGAGAUCCUACCCAGUAACCCUGCCGACCUGUUCCACUGGCUGCCCAAGGAGCACAUGUGUGUCCUUGUCUACCUGGUGACAGUCAUGCACUCCAUGCAAGCAGGCUACCUGGAGAAGGCCCAGAAAUACACAGACAAAGCUCUCAUGCAGCUGGAAAAGCUCAAAAUGCUGGACUCCAGCCCCAUCCUCUCCACAUUCCAGGUCAUUCUGCUGGAGCACAUUAUCAUGUGCCGACUCGUCACUGGUCACAAGGCCACGGCAUUGCAAGAGAUCUCUCAGGUGUGUCAGCUGUGUGCGCAGUCUCCCAGGUUAUUCACCAACCAUGCAUCCCAGCUACACACCCUGCUAGGUCUGUACUGUCUCUCAGUGAACUGCAUGGAUAACGCUGAGGCGCAGUUCACUGCUGCCCUGCGGGUGAGUGACCUGACGACGCACCAGGAACUGUGGGCGUUCAUUGUAACCAACCUGGCCAGCGUCUAUAUCAGGGAGGGCAACAGGGACCAGGAGCUUUAUAACCUGUUGGAGAGGAUAAAUCCAGAUCACAACUUCCCUGUCAGCUCUCAUUGUCUGCGAGCAGCAGCCUUCUACAUCCGUGGACUGCUCUCUUUCUUCCAGGGACGCUAUAAUGAGGCCAAGCGGUUCCUGAGGGAGACUCUGAAGAUGUCCAAUGCUGAAGACCUGAAUCGUCUGACUGCAUGCUCUCUGGUCCUACUGGGCCAUAUCUUCUACGUGCUGGGGAACCACCGGGAGAGCAACAACAUGGUGGUCCCAGCCAUGCAGCUGGCCAGCAAGAUCCCCGACAUGUCAGUCCAGCUCUGGUCCUCGGCUCUGCUCAAGGAUCUGAACAAGGCAUGUGGGAACACGAUAGACGCCCAUGAAGCGGCUCAGAUGCACCAGAACUUCUCCCAGCAGCUCCUGCAGGACCACAUCGCUGCCUGCAGCCUCCCUGAGCACAACCUCAUCAGUUGGACGGAUGGACCUCCUCCAGUGGGCCAGUUCCAGGCCCAGAAUGGACCCUCUACCAGCCUGGCCAGCCUGCUCUAAGCACCACCACACCAUGAGAGAGAGUGAGCUGGAGAGAGAAAGGAAGGGAAAGGUAGAGGGGGUAGAAGGGGCAGACUUGUGUCCCGCUGAUCAGCAUACAGCCUGGAUGCUGGUUUGUUUCAGCAUUGACCAGUUUCAUUGUAGUUACUAUGCCAACAAGCAUAGUUAACCAAUGCUGAAACAAUACUACCUACGCUACAUAUUUUAUCUAGAAUUCUAAAGAUCUUAACUUGUUCUUUCAACGGUAGGACUUUUUUAGUGGGAGGGUGGUGGGACACGCAAAAUGUGUUUAUAUCUUUAGGUGGUGAGAUGAGAGAGAACUGAGCUUACACCUACCUCAGAGAGACUGCCACUGGGCACUGCAUUAGCAGGGUGUACAUAUAAUGAAACUAUGCACCUUAUAGAGUUGAAAUGUCAUGUGAUGAGUAGCCUGGAGUAGAAGCUAGCUUUUUGGUCUAGCUGGCGGUAUGAAUGGUUGACAUUGAAUUGCUGACAACUAAGGUACCAUAGAAGGUUUUCACACACAGAAUUGUGCCCCAAACUCAAGGCAGGACAAUAAUCCAGUGAAGAGAGAAGACCAUCUCUGUGACACUGCAGCGACAUGAGAGAGAACUUUAAAUUAUGGUUAGGUUCUACACUUUGUUCCCCAAGUUUCAUUGUUGUCAAGCUCCUAAAAAUGGUCCUGGAGUGGGAAGUUAAGACAUUGGAUUGGGUGAAUAUUUUAACAUGAUUUUAUUUUUUAAGUCAAUAAUAAUUUUGAAUGGCAAAUUGAAUUUUGGGAGGCAAUGUUUGCACCCAUUUUUUUUGCAGUAGGUGGUAACAAAACUAAAACUACAUUUUAUCUAGAUACAGUGCCUUUGGAAAGUAUUCAGACCCCUUGAUUUUUUUCCCACAUUUUGUUACGUUCCAGUCUUAUUCUAAAAUGGAUUAAAUUCAUUUUUUCCUCAGCAAUCUACACAUAAUGACAAAGUGAAAACAGCUUUUCAGAUUCUUUAGCAAAUUUAUUUAAAAAAAUAAAAAAACAGCAAACCUUUUGCUUUGAGACUUGAAAUUGAGUUCGGGUGAAUCCUGUUAACAUUGAUUGUCCUUGAGAUGUUUCAUCAACUUGAUUGGAGUCCACCUGUGGUAAAUUCAAUUGAUUGGACAUGAUUUGGAAAGGGACACCUGUCUAUAUAAGGUCCCGCAGUUGACAGAGGUGACCAAGAACCCAGAGUUCCCACAAGAUUCUCUGGUCUUAUGAAACCAAGAUUGAACUCUUUGGCCUGAAUGCCAAGCGUCACGUCUGGAUGAAACCUGGCACCAUCCCUACGGUGAAGCGUGGUGGCAUCAUCGUGCUGUGGGGAUGUUUUUCAGCGGCAGGGACUGGGAGACUAGUCAGGAUCGAGGCAAAGAUGAACGGAGCAAAAUACAGAGAGACGCUUGAUGAAAACCUGCUUCAGAGCGCGCAGCACCUCAGAAUGGAGUGAAGGUUCACCUUCCAUCAGGACAACGGCCCCGCCAGAGCCCGGACUUGAACUUGAUCUAAUAUCUCUGUAGAGACCUGAAAAUAGCUGUGCAGCAAUGCUUCCCAUCCAACCUGACAGAGCUUGAGAGGAUCUGCAGAUAAUAAUGGGAGAAACUCCCCAAAUACAGGUGUGCCAAGCUUGUAGCUUCAUAUCCAAGAAGACUCGAGGCUGUAAUCGCUGCCAUAGGUUCUUCAACAAAAAUAUCUAAAAAAAAUGUUUUGGCUUUGUCAUUAUGGGAUAUUGUGAUGCGGGGGGAAAAAAUUAGAUCUCAUCGAUUUUAGAGUAAGGCUGUAAUGUAAUAAAAUGUGGAAAAAGUCAAGGGGUCUGAAUACUUUCCGAAUGCGCUGUAUGUUAUUCCUACUCAUAUUUUCCCUUUUGUUCUACUGUUUGUUUGUUAUUUACCUUGUAAAUCUCCCUGUAUUUUAGACAUCUAAAAAGUGUUGUCCCCCUGAAAACUACCUUACAGUCCCAAGUGCAACCAGAGGGAGGCACUGUAGAGUCAUUUUUGAGCAACCUGUUGGUGACAUGGCAGAACACUUACUUGUAUUAUUUUACAGUACUUGUAUUAUUUUACAGAACUGUUUAACAAGUAAGGUUUUGUCAACUAUCAGAUCUAUCACCAACUUUUUCAAGAAUAACACACUUCUUAAUCACUCUGUAAUUAUAUUUGAUUGUCAUUGUAUUGUAUCACAAUGCAGACUUAGUUUAGCAGCCUUAUAAACAAUAAUGUGUUGCAAAUAUUUCCCUCUUUAUUUUUAACAAAUGAAUCCAUUUAUUCGAUUUUGUAAAGUUUGACUAUUUAUAUACCACGUUUGACCAUAUAUCGGUUUCACUAUUUAUUUUUGCAGGUACGUUUUUGUAUAGAUAUGACAGAAAAUAUAAAUGUUUUGUGACUUUUUUCCCCAAUGUGUAUUUUUAUGUUUCUUAUGAAUGAUUUAAACAUGUAAAUGCUAGGAUUGGUCAGUUGUGAAACAAAAUGCUAGAGCUACGACGACUCCCUUGCGUUUUUAUUUUCAAGUCUACGUUAUACUACAAGGAUAUAAUAGGUUGGUUACCCUGCUCAUUACAGUAUUUUAGAAUUCUGGUUUUGUGUUUUUAAAUAAAAAAAAUCUUUCAACACA